AUGUCUAAGAUCUUGACAGUAUUCGGUGCCACGGGCAACCAAGGCGGUUCCGUCAUUCGAGCGGUGCUUGCUGAUAGUGUUCUGUCCAAGGAAUUUUCUAUUCGUGGCAUCACUCGCGAUGUUUCCAAGCCUGCGGCCAAAGCUCUUGCCUCGAAAGGUGUCGACGUUCGCGCCGCCGAUAUGAGCUCCAAAGACUCUCUUGCCAAGGCACUCGAGGGAUCCCACAGCGUUUUCUUGGUCACGACCCCCGAUUUCAUGUCUGGUGGGCCGAGCCAGGAACUCAAUCAUGGCAAGAACGUUGCCGAUGUUGCAGAGACAUGUGGCGUCCAGCACCUCAUCUUUUCGUCCUUGCUCCACGUCACAGACGAGACAAACGGACGCUUGAAGCACGUCGAGCACUUUGACAUGAAGGCCGACGUGGAGCGCUACAUUCGUGCAAAGAACGUCCCAAGCACGUUCAUCCUCCCUGGAUACUUUAUGAGCAACUUUACAGCCUUGCAGAUGAUUAGAAAGGGCGAGGACGGCGUCUACAGUCUGGCCUAUCCCGUCAGCGACAAGGCCGAGUUUCCGCUCAUUGACACGGAAUCUGACAUUGGUAAAUACGCUGUUGCAGUUCUACGAAACCGUGCCAAGGUCAUUGGAAAGCAGAUCCUCGCGGCUGCAGAUUAUUAUACUCCGACCCGAAUCCUCUCAGAGUUUGAGGAGGUUACGCAGAGCAAGACACGCUUCGUUCAACUAGAUGCUGAAACGUACAAGAGUUUCCUCCCUGCUCCCAUGGCCCAGGAAAUGUUGGAGAACCACUUGUUCAUUGAAGAGCCUGGUUAUUAUGCCGGCAAGAGCUUGCAGGAGUCUUUGGACUUGCUUGCCAAGGUGAACUUGAAGCCUACCACUUGGAAGGACUUCUUGAUCAAGAACAAGGCUGCACUAUAG